GGUGGCAGAGCGAGAUAGUGAAAGCGAAAGCGAAAGAGGGCGAGAUCAUCACAUCAUCAUCCGAUGUGAGUGACUCCUGCGUGGAAUCAUGUGAGCGUGGAGAGCAAGGAUGGACGUGCGGAGCUGCGACUAUGGAGUGACACAGAUACAGCUUUUUUUUACCGAGGGAGUCAACGUGAGAGGACCAGAGGUCUUGUUUGUCGGCGUCCUUCUGAAGAUACUUCACCUGGCAACCAUGGCCGCGGGUCUCGACGUCUAAUCACCCAUGCUUACCUUCGACCUCACCGUGCUUCUGGCCGCGCUGCUGCUGCCGCCGUGGGGGCCGCCGGGGUCCGAGGGCCAGAACGACACGGAGCCCAUCAUCCUGGAGGGGAAAUGCCUGGUGGUCUGCGACUCCACGCCGUCGUCGGAGCCCGCCGGCAACGCCCUGGGCAUGUCGGUGCGCUCGGGCAGCGGCCGGGUGGCCUUCUCCGCCAGCCGCCAGACCAACCACGAGCCCACAGACAUGAGCAAUCGCACCAUGAUCAUCUACUUUGAUAAUAUCCUGGUGAACGUGGGCGGUCAUUUUGAUCAAGAGAGCAGUGUCUUCCUGGCUCCAAGAAGGGGCGUUUACAGCUUCAACUUCCACGUCGUCAAGGCCUACAACAGACAGACUAUUCAGGUCAGCUUGAUGGUCAACGGCUGGCCCAUGAUUUCGGCGUUUGCCGGGGACCAGGACGUGACCAGGGAGGCGGCCAUGAACGCCGGCCUGGUGAUUAUGGAGAAAGGCGACAAAGCCUACCUCCGACUGGAGAAGGGUAACCUGAUGGGCGGCUGGAAGUACUCCACCUUUUCCGGCUUUCUGGUCUUCCCCUUGUAAGAAGAACAAGGGCGGUGCAUUUUUUGCAGUUCUUUAGACGGAGCAUGUGAGCUUCCUUCCCGCUGAAAUGUGUCACUAUUUUGUUUGUUUUCGUAUGACUGACAUUGGGAGUCGUGCAAAUUGUGAAGUGAGCAUGUGCAUUCGUGGGCGUCUUUGCCAGGACAUGAUGUAACUUACCGAAACCUUUUAGUUUGUUAUGGCUGUUCUUUUUUGACAUUUCUAUACACAAGCCAUAUCGAAUUCAACGACAUGACGCUUUCUCGGAGCACACGUGUUUAGGGAUGAUGUUCGAAAUCGGUUCUCCCGUUUGUUCGAUAAGAAAAGAACCGAUUCCAUGGACUCGAAUCCCUUUUUGAGAACCGGUUCCCGUUAUCGAGGCCACUAUAGUAAAGAAAAAUAGUUGGUUCUUUAUUCGAAUCCCUUCCCACUUACAGGAAAUGCCCUGUGGGACCUGCAAUGUUAUGCCCAUUUGAUUGUAGACUCUUACUGACACCUUGUGGUAUACUUGCCAACCUUGAGACCUCCAAUUUCGGGAGGU